UGGGACGAUGCGCGAACUAACAGGAUCUACUAGCUUCAGUAAACCAGUGAUCAGAACUAUGGGAGAUCUAGUCUAGCACCUUACGUCAUAAGUUGCUGUCAGGGCGUGUUCCUACGUGACACAAUGUCAGGCACUUCGGGUCAUUCGGGAUUUUGCCCGUCAAAUUUGCCCCGUCAAUACAAUUCUGACACGAAGUAGCGUGACAUUGUGUCGCGUAGGGACACGCCCUCAGUCAGGGCCCCCCUCACCCGCGUCUGUCACUUCGUAGCCGAUCCCAUCCCAUCAUCAACUUCCCCCUGCCACUUCUGCUCCCCCCGUUUCACUCCCGCUGCAUAUAGUCCCUCAUCUCUCUCUACUGUAGCAGGCCAUCAUGGCGGCAAAACCGGCGUCUGACGCACCGCCUGUCCCGCGCACGUUACUUCCACGCAUCCACUCAGAUUCCGUGCUGUGCUGCCACGUGGACGCUUCGGAUUGCCUCCUUGCGACCGGCAGCGAGGAUGGCAGCAUGGCGUUGUGUGACAUACGAGCCCCAGCACCAUCCCCACCCCUCCACCUCACCUGCUUCGGUGGAGCCUCGGUACCGAGCCUGCUCUUCCUCCCAGCCCAGGAGCAUGUGCUGGCAGCUGCAGCAGGCUCGUCCGUCUUCCUUGUUGACAGGCGAAAGGCGGCAGGGGGAUCGUCAGAUGGAUCAGAGGCCAUAAUCCGACGGCUGUCGUUUAAUGCUGAUGAGAUCAACGCUCUGGCAGUGGAUCGUAAGGGUGAUUUCCUGGCAGCAGCUGACGAUUCAGGGCAAGUCAAGGUCGUCAGCCUGGUCAACCACUCGCUGCACCGAACUCUCAGGGGCGUGCAUAGCUCGAUAUGCAGCUCCGUUCUGUUCCACCCCAAGCAGCCAUGGCAAUUGUUCUCUGCUGGUCUUGACUGUUGCUGGGCUCAAUGGGACUUUGCCUCUGGCCGCCCCCUUCGCUCAUUCAACCUGUCAGCAGAUACCACCUCCCCCAGUGCACCCUCCGCUGGCGCACCCUCCUCGUCCUCCUCUUCCUCUCUCGCCUCCUCUUCUCGUAUGUGCAACCCUCCUUUCAUCCACUCACUAUCUGUCCACCACAUGCCUCCUGUGAAGGCUUCUUGUGUUGCUGAAAAUAGCACCACCACCACCACCACCACCACCACCAUUCCCUCCACUGCCGCCAGCACCGCCCCUGCUGCUGCCGCCGCCGCCACUGCUGCUGGUGAUUCUUGGAGGACACGUGGCAUGACGCUAUUGGCUGUGGCGCAGGGCGAUGGCACUGUAGCAGUGUGGGAUGCUGAUGCUGACUUGGAAGGGGAAGGGGGGAGGAGGGGAGGAGGUGGGCAAGAGGAGAGGAGGAGGAGUGGGGGGAGGGGGAGGGGAAGGGGAAGAGAGAGGAGAGGGGGGAGAGGGGGACAAGGAGGGGGAAGGCAGGGGAGGGGGCAGGUGCCUAGUGCAACAGUUAGGGGAGCAAGUAUCAGCACUUCUGUUCCUGCGACCAUUGCAGAAGAUUCUGAAUUGAGUAGCGAGGAUGCUUGUAAUGGGGAUGCAGGUGGGGCAGAGGGGAGUCAAGAGGAGAGGGGGGGAAGGGAGGAGGAGAGGGAGAAGCGGAGCGGGCCACAGCUCCUGGUGUUUGGUGGGCGCAUGGCAGCAAGAGAGGGAGGGAUGAGAGGCCAUUGCGCGUCAGUGUCUGCUGUCACAUUCUGCCGCUUUGCCCCUCCCAUCUCACCGCUCCUCGCCUCUGGUGGCAACGACCGGCUCGUCCUACUCUGGGAUGUCACUCAGGCCCUCUCCACUUCCUCCUCCUCCUCCUCUUCCUCGUCGUUUUCCCUUUCGUCUGAAGCAAGAGAGGGGGGUGGUGCGGAAGCGGGUGAUAGUGAAUCCAGCAGCAGCCAUCUCGGCGGUGAAGCGCAGAAAGUGGCAGGUGCGGGAGCCUUCGGUCCAAUCCUGCGGAUACAGCACGGGCGGAAGGUGAAUUUCCUUACCACUUCGUCUGGCGUGCGCGGUCGAAAGCUCUUUGUUGCAGACACCUCCAAGAGGGUCUCUGUUUACGACAUCCCGUCAUGAGGUGCAUUGCAUCGGUUUGGUUCCUUCUUUUGGUGAAGCCAUCUUAGCACUUAACUCUAUGGAGGGCUUAUGAUUGGUUCUUAUCCAUGGUAGUACUGUAAGCAAUUUGGACAAAUCUGUGUUGAUUCAGACACCUUCAUUUAUUACCGUCGCGCAUUUAAUAACAUGGAUACUAUUUC